UGUGUAUGAAGUGCAGAAGUCUUUGAACGCAGCAGAGAGCAAAAACCAGAUGAACCAGCCUACCAGUGACUUAUUUCACUCGUCUCGCUGCACUGCUCUGCCGUGCCCAGGAUUUGGGUUUGUCUGUUAAACCGUGAUGUGUGUGGUGAAUGAAUGGCAGUGGCACUGAGCUGGAGACACUUUGCCUUGGACUCUUUAGACACAUACAGAAGCUAUGGCUGUUGGACAGUAAACUGCAGAACCUGAGCGGUGAAGAUGCAGCACACCUCAUGCACAGAGGACAGGAUCCAGCAUGCUCUGGAGAGGUGUCUGGAUGGACUGAGACAAAGUCCCACAGCAGCACACCACUGGAACGUGCUGAUGUGCUCGGCAGGUCAGUCAAUGAACCGCUGGAGCCUGGAGGAGCUGGUGAAAAGGGACCCUGAGAACUUCCUCAUCCUCUUACAACAGAUCAUCAAGAAGACCAAAGAGGUUCAGGAUCAGUGUCAGUAUGAGCUGGUGGCUCCCCUCGCUAUCAUGUUCUCCUCCACAUUGCUUCAGACACCAUACUGUCCUCCAGACCCAGAGCUGCUGGAGGAAGCUAUCAAGGUGUUUCGCUGCUUCCUCACCUGGCCUGAGCCUUACUGCAGUGUGUGUAGAAGCCUUCUCUCAACUCUACAGCUGGAGAUCAAAGCCCCAGGGAUUUCCUUUCAGAGACUGGUAAGAGAAGAACAGUUCCUUAACACCCCCGGCCAGUGCUCCAAGACCAUGACCGUGCUGCUGAUGAACCCUUGUGAGGUGCCCGCUGAGUUUCUCUUAGUGGCUGAGCAGCUCAGUCGCAUUCAGCACUCGCAGGAAGAGACCUACAUCACCCUGAUAAAACACGCCUUCCAGUCCACACUAGGCACCAAGUACCCUCUACAUAGCAUCCAUAGAGCCCUGCAGGUAAAAACUGUGAAUGAAUUGGGGGAGAUCUUCUCAGCGGUAAGUGAUGUUUUAGAGACGGCCGCUGCCAUGAGUGACCCUCUGAAGGGCCGCAGUCAUGUAAUCCAGGGACUUGAGCAACUCAGGGAGAGCAUGAGAAUCCCAGCAUCCAAUGGAAGGAAGUCUGAUGGAAUGCUACAAACUCUUCCUUUGCCUACAGCCAAGUGUUACAUGUUUCACUGGGAAAAAGAUAACUUUGAUGUUCUGAACACUCUUUUGGAACAUGAGCCUGCUGACCAGGUCAUUAAUGGGCAGGCUGAGGAGGAACUGGAGGUAGACAUUGAUGAUGAUGAGGAGGAGAUUGAUGCAGAAGAAGAGGAGGACGAAGAUGACAAAGAAGAGGAGGAACAUGGAUUGCCUUCAAUGUCUAUCAUACCUAAUGGCUGCAGCAACAACCAUCGUGCCUCCACCUUCUCCACCAUCUCCUCCCUGUCCACCGCCUCCAAAGACUCCAUGUUCUCCACCUUGUCCGUCACUUCAGAGUCCUACGCUCCGUCCCUCUUCUCUGUCACUUCUGGUGGUGAUAGUGACUACUUUGAAGAUUCGGAUGACUACAUCUGUUCUUCUCCUAUUGCUGAAAAAUGUUCGCCAAAGUCUAUGAACAAAGCUUCGGCUCGGCUCAGCCAGCACUUGUACAGGCUCUUCAUUAAACCCAAGACCCCUCGGUCGCUAUACCGGGCCAAAAGCUUAGGAAACACAGAAUCAAAAGACCUUUUCAUGGUGCGAGAGAAGCGCUCCAACUCUUUACCACAGCAAGUCAAGUUACGCUAUCCUGAGCCCUUCCUCCAGACACAAAGUCAAACUCUCAGACACGUCUGCUUCCGAAGGAGGCCCAUUCUCAGCAGUGAUGAGGACAGUAUGAACACUACGCUGAGAGUGGUGGUGUUUGGUGCUGAUCAGGUAGCAGGGAAGGUGGCCCGAGCCUACAAUAGCCUGAGGAGGAAGGAGAGUGCAUGUCCACGUCUCAGCAGGGCCUUCAAGCUUCAGUUCUUCUUUGUGCCUGUAAAGAGGGACUCAGCAGCAGGGCCCGGGAGUCUGAGGUCUCCUAAUCCUGUGGUUCAAUCUGGAACUCCAAAAGGAGCGGCCCUGUCUAAUGAUCUUCACCAAAUGGGCACAGGGGACAGCACUAACGACAUUGCCCAUCUCCUUGGUAUGUUGGACCCUUGGUAUGAAAGAAACACUCUUAGCCUGCUUAACUUGCCUGCCAACGUCGUCUGUCAGCAAACCUCAAAGACGGAGUCAGAGUCAUAUGAUAGUUCAUAUGAGCACCGUCUGCCCAUCCUGGCCGACUUGGUCCUGUACUACUGUCGCUAUGCUGCACGACCAGCUCUGAUCCAACUCUAUCAGGCUGAGUUGACGUUAGCUUGUGGAGAGAGGAGGACUGAGGUGUUCGUCCACUCCCUAGAGUUGGGUCACACCGCAGGAACACGAGCCAUAAAGGCCAUGGGUGCUGCCAGUAAGCGGUUUGGUAUUGACGGUGACCGAGAAGCAGUGCCUCUAAUGUUGGAGGUAGUGUACAACAAGGUGGUGAUUAGUGGGAGAAGUCAGUGGAAAAGAGAAACCAAAGUCUGUACGUCAGUAAACUUAACCAAAGCAUGCAAGAAUCCUGAGGAACUAGACUCAAAGAUGGAGUGCCUGCAGCUCACAAUGACUGAGGUCCUGAAGAGACAGAACUGUAAAAGCAAGAAGGGCUACAACCAGCAGCUGAGCAUGACAGAGGUGAAGGUGGACAAGGUGCAAGUCAGCGGUGCUGGUAACACAACCUUUGCUGUAUGUCUGGACCAGGAUGAGAAAAAAAUAUUGCAGAGUGUCACCAGAUGUGACAUAUCAGUGUGUUAUAAACCUGACAGCUCCACUGACUGGAGGCUAAGAAAAUCCCUGACCUCAGCCCAAAUCCAGCCUCUUAACCCCACCUUCUGCUCCCUCCUCUGCCUGCCCAUUGUCACUUUCAGUGGGGCUCUUCCCUGAGACUGCUGACCAGUUUGGAUGGUUUUAAAAGAACAUAUUCUGUGCACGUAUUAAUGAUCUGAAUAACAGACACUAAUUGUAGAAGGAAAGUGCACAGUGGCAUACAAUUUUGAUGGUGGCCUCAAUCGGCAGUGGGAUGCAUCUGUUGGAAACAGGAGGACUUGCACAGAAGGGUUAAUCAGGAAACAGCAGACCGUCUGUGAUCGUACAAAUACAUACCAAAGAACCUGAGAAACAAAGGACUAGAGAUAUAAUAGUUCUAACGAUGUGGAGUCCAGCUUUCUCUGUAAAAAAAGAUUCACUGUUUUUAAGGAAACUGUUCAAGUUUCAUUCCACAGGUUUCAGUUCCUCUUUCAGGCUGACAGAGAAGUAACCUUACCCACAGUAACAUUAGAAUGUAAUCUGGUCAAACAGGGUAAAUACAGAGAGUACAGGCUCUCAGGUGAGAUAGCACCCAAACAUGGCAACACCAAUAUGUUGAAAAAAGCCUGUGUCCUACCAAGAGAUGGAAUGUUAAAAUGGAGACAUCAUCUUGGAGUCAAAGUUUUGAGAACUUUUGUCUUGAUCAACCAACAUGGACAUGGAGGACCAGGGGGAUAUUUUACACCUGAUUCCAGACUGUAAUAUGUAAUGCCUCCAUUGGGGAUGCUUCUGGGACUAUAUCUGAGAAUGGACACUAUGGACUUACAUAAUAUGUAAAUAUUAUUAUUGUAAAAUAUUGCAUUGCAUGCUAUGACUAUAAUGUUACACCAUCAUGCUUUAUGUCUGUGACAUCCUUAUGUCUCCCAUGGAGUUACAAUGAAGUCACUGUUUUAACUGCAGUAAUAAAUAUGACCAGCAGAGGACUCUGUUGACAUUCCAACCAUAUACUGGCUAUGAUUCCAACUGACUUCAGUUGAAGUACAGUACUUUGUAAUAUAUGUAAUGGAAUUUAUAUAUAGACCAUAUUUUAGCUCUUGCAAAGUGCUAACUUUUAUUUCAUCAAGGGCACAGAUGUAAAAUAUAAAUUUGAUAUGUGGUGCUAAGAAAACCUUUAUAAAAAGUAACUGAUUCAUUGUACUUUGCAUAUAUAUAUAUAUAUAUAUAUAUAUAUAUAUACUGAAAUGUCAUGUAUAUAAUUGUUUUGUUGCUGUAUAGGGAUAAUACCCUGAUCAUCUGAUCGACUGAAAUAGUACUGCACAUACAUAUCUUACAUGGAAUUGAAGCACUUGAACAUUAGAUUAAUAAAUUAGGUACUUCUAUGUUCAGAUAUACAGUAUGCCUACAUGCCUUUUCUGAUGGAAAUAUUGCAAAUACCUAUUUAAAAUUGUAUGUGUACCAUAAA